UGCUGCUUACAACCUGAUUGGCUCGUGGUUGACCCUCUGGCUCUUUUGCCGUUGGGUCCUUUGCUGGGCUUCAGCCGGUGAAGCAUGGAGAUGGUGCCAGGCUACGCAUUCACUGAAACUGCGGAGAAGAUUUGCAAGCAGGAGUUGAAGAACAACUUGCGAUCCCUCCGUGUUUGGAUCCGACGCAACGAAGACUUCGCGAUCAUGGGCAAAGGCAAGGGCAAAGGCUUUGCGCCCAAAUUUGAGGAGCCCGAUGAUUCACUGGAAGCAAGGAAUGCGAAGUUGCAGUCGCGCCUGGAGCAAGAGGUGACGAAAGUGGAGCUGAUCAUGGUCUGUCGGAACACCAGGCAGGCGUUGGGCGACAAAGGCUCGCGUAUCAGGCUGAUCAAGCACAAGCUGCUCCAGACGUUUGGCUUUGCGGAGGACUUUAUAGAGGUCUUUGUGGAGAGGGCAGAACCAAACUGGGACGACAUUGACUUGGGCCUGAAAGGCAGAGGCAAAGGCAAAGGCAGAGGCAAAGGCAAAGGCAGAGGCUAUGGCGACUACGGAAGCGACUCAGACUCAGAGGUGCCACCGCCGCCAGAGGUGACCCGGCCAGCCCUGACCCCCAGCCGCCCGCCCAGAGAGUGGAAUUUGAUGCCAGAUGAGUGGCGCGCGGCUGCUGAGCGCCAUGCCAGACUACUGGUGCGCCUGGAGGAGUCGAAUCUCCUGGGGACGGGGACGCGUCUCUCCGUUCGUGCGAACGCGACGGUGGAUCAAUGCGUACGAGACCGCCGUGCAUAUUGCCUGCGCCUGUGGCGCGAGUACUCCAUGCGCAAGGCCCCCAGGCCCGCCAUGCCGUCGCUCAAGGAGACCGUGGAGCCGGCUUGCGUCUGGGGCGCCGCUGACGACUGGGGCGCCCCUGGUGACGUUUUGCUCGAUUGGGACACUGUGCCGCAAAAGACUGCAGCUGGAGCUCACAAGAAGCUGGUUUUGAAGGACUUCAGCGACGAGGAGGUGCAGCUGGACGUGGACUUGACGCAAACAGCCGGUGACGUCCUGGCCGCGCUGCGCGAAGCCCGCAACUUCGCCAAGGGCGUCCGGCUACAGCUUGUGCUCACGCCCAGUGGCCGACAGCUGGAAGAGGACUUCCGUCUCUCGCAGAUCCCGGCGGGGGAGGAGCUCAAGUUCAUGGUCUGGAUGUGAGCCUUGAGACGCGAACGCCCGAGCCGCGAGGGCGCCAGGAAA